AGAGGCAGAGAGACUGUGGGCUUUCACCGAGAGCGAAAGGAGGGGAAGCGCGGCACCCACGGCACAUUCAUUGCUCUGGACCCUCUCAUCCAAAAGACGGCUGAAGGUAUGCGGCGACAUACGGCUGUGGGACUUUGAUGAUCUGGACAACGAGCUGGGAAUUACUGAAAAGAAAUCGAGCGCAGCUACUGCGCGGAGCUGAAGGCAUUCAGUGUGAACAGCUUAGCGCACAGGUUUUCCCUUGUGAUGCCUGGCAGAGUGAGGACAGUAAUACUGACUCUGCCAUUGUCUCAUCACUGGUUCCGGACACAGCGAGGCUCCCCGAGUGUCUUGCCUGUCCAUUGUGACUAGAGAACAGACGAAAGAUCCAGCUUGCCUGCAUAAAGACCUAUUCAGCAUCAUUCUUCUUUGCCAGCCACCUUUGUUAUACCAGGAACAAGAGUGAAGUCUCAGCACUCUCCUUAGCCCCUAGCCUUUCCCUCUGUCCCUUUGCUUCUAACGCCCUUAUCCCCAAUCCACUUCCCUGAACCCCUUUCCCACUCCCCAGGCCCAGUUUCAGCCCCAUUCGGAGUCCCAGAUGACUGCUCAGAAACAUCCGUUACCCUCCCACUCCGCACAAGUCUUCUUUCCUCUCCCUCCAGCCCCCGUGGCGCUUGGCACCGAUGCCCAUCACAUAGACAGAUGGAGCCAACCCUGACCCCUCUCUUCGCCCGUGGGGACGCCAAGAGAAUCAACGCCUGACUAGAGGAGAAGAGGGUGGGUGCAAGUGUAAAAGGGGGGGGGGAGACAGGAAGUACAGCAUUGCUUUGUCACCACAGCAACACAUCGUCUAAUCUCCCAUGGACUCCCCUUCAGCCCGUCCUGCCGUCCUCAGAUAAAAAAUGCACACAGCAGGAAAUUCAGCAGCAGGAGCAGAAGGAUCUAUCUUUUUUCUGACAUAUUUUCGCUUUGAUUAUUUGGCACUGAUGCCUUGUUCUACAUUUGUGCAGUAAGAGGAUGUGAAGAUUGGAAAAAAAACCUCUAAAUAUAGUGAACAUAAUUUAGAGGAAAGCAAAUGAACUGCAAAUACUGAAGGAAAGGCUGUCUAUAGCACAACAAGUUUGGUUUUGAGCCCCAAACUUCCUCUUCCCCUCCAGUCUGUGUGCUCCAGAAUGAAUUCACAGAAGUUGCAACAGCCUGGCAAACAAUAUUUCAGCUUUUUUUAAACAGCAUACAAGCCACUUCCCAUUGUGCUAUGCUUACCUGAAUAAAGCUGUUUUCUCUUUUUUUCCUCUGACAGUCAAAACGUAAUACGCAUUGCAUUCCAGUCCGAGCUUCCCUGGAUGUCAACGCAUGCUUUUAUCUGCUGUAAGCUACCACGUUCUGCACUGCACCUUUGCCAAGCACUCAAACAUCCACUUCAUUUUGGGGUUAUUACGCUUUCAUUCUCCCACCUGAGUCCCUGCAUUUUUCUUUCUUUCUUUGCAUUUUUAAAAUAAGCAAAAUUUUGCCUACUUCACUUUCUUUGGAUGCUUUUGCUCUCUUCUAUCAAACUCUGCUGACCGGCACUCUGAUUAGCAUACGAUAUCCUGACAUCCAACUUUAAAAAGAACCCCUCAUCAACAGUAAAACGAGGCACUAAUGGCCGGUGAAAUGAAUUCAGCUGGCCAACAUAACAGAGGCGGGAAUACCGGAGUCCCAAAGCUUCCCAGGUGACUGCUACCAACUAACACUUUUGCCGAUGUGUGGAUUCUUUGAUUCAGAAACUAACGCAUUAAGGAUGACUGGGAUCUGACUCUGUAUCCGGUGUUAACUACAAGAAAAACUACAAGAAAUUCCAUGAAUUUUCAGGAACAAUACAUCCAAACUAACUUUGUGGAACCUUUGAGUACAGACCAUUGUGGAUAAAAUACAAUACACUGAUCUCAGUAAAAUUUUUUGGAACAUUUUUGGGGAAUUACAUUUAACCUCUUUUUAGAUCUGCUAAAAAUCGAAAAAUUUCUGGAUAAUUUUGAGCAAAUUCCCCCAUAAAGCUUCUGGAAUCUCUUGCUUGUCCUGAUUGACCUGCAGUAACCUUUGGUAGAUUUAGGAAGGACCAAAGUAACCUUGUGGAUUCUCAUUCCCUCGUUGUGGUGGUUGCAUCCUUCUUCAGCAGGCUGGGAGUACCACUACAAUGCCGGAGCUGGACAACCUUCCCCCCGCAAGGGAAGCCAGGAGUCCUGAACUGGGCCUUAAUGGUCCAGCAGACCCAGCACAGAUUCAGCACAGCAUCCUAGAGGAACAAGUCGAGCUGUGGUGGUUCAGAGAUCCUGGGAAGUCUUUCCUCUGCUACUGUGUCGCUGUGAUUCUCAUCCUGGGUUGCGGACUUGGGGGCGUCGGCCUUCUUUCGACUACCACCAGCGUCUCGAGUGAGUGGCGGCUCGGCACGGGCACAGCUUUGUGCCUGCUAGCCUUGGGAGUCCUGCUCAAACAACUUCUCAGCUCAGCUGUGCAGGACAUGAAUUGCGUUCGGAGCCGACAGCGGAUCGACAUGCUAAAGAGCGGUGGUUUAUCGGACCUUCUAGUGGUUUUAAUUACCGGGCUGUCACUGUUGAUUUGUGGAGGGGUUCUACUGCAUCUGGCCCUUGCCAACCGUAUGCCAAAGCCUGGCCAAGCCCUUAAUGACAUGUACAUUUCUGGAGUGGUUUUGCUGGCUGGAGGUGGAGCUGCAGUUGUGGGUGUUGGGAUAUACUCUGUAGUGGUGAUCCUUCUUGAGAGGACGAGGCACGGACGGCGGUUUGUAGACCGGGUUUUGCACAUCUUCACUGUUUCAGGACAUAUGGACCGUCACGCUCGAAGAGAGACUACCUCCAGUUUGGCUAACCUUAUAUGAGAUGCAACCCCAAUAAAGCUUUUUUUUGCCCACUGGCUCAACUAAAUUAGAACUGGCUUUAUGCCCAGACACAGAUUCAUACCAUGCAUGCUUCGGCAGACUGCGUACGAGAUAAAAUAGUUGAGUGUGUAGUAUAUUCUUAGUGAACACGUUAGUUAUUGGCAGUCAGAUCUCUGUGAGUAAGGAUGCAAAAAUGGAAAAUGCCAGAAGAACCGAACACAUGGUGAUGGUCUGCUUUUUAUCUAUAGUGGGUAAAUGUUACUCCAUUCUCACAGGACAAAUACUAAACAGCAUGGAGAAGACACACAGAACAACAACAAAAAAUAUUUAAGCCAGUUCUGAUAAAUUACAAGCACAAUUUUUAUCCCACAGGAGAAGCAAGCUACAACUGAGUACAGCUAACCUACAGCAGGAGUAAAGUCCAUGAAUGAACUUUGAGCUAUUCCCUGUCUAUCAAUUCCAAGAACUGUAAGCCUACAACCAAACAAACCCAUCUUGUUCUCUAAAAGAUGAAGUAAUGUUUUUUGAGUCCUCAUUUGGAGGGCGGCACAUUCAAAUUUAUGCAUGUGAUUUGCAUCUGUGAUAACUGACCAGGGACCAUACAUCUGACCACUACCUGCUCACUGAGGCUCUCGUAGUUGCAGAUGAGAGUGUCAUCUGAAUGGAUGAAAUGGAAAUUGAAUAAGAUGGAAUCUGCAAGAAAUGGGACAGUAUGAACAUGAACAAAAUCCUAUUUAUAAUUUUUGAUUCAUAUCCCAUCCUCAUGAUCUUCGUGUAUAUGUGAAAAUAUUGCCUCUGCAGUUUCUGGGAUGAUGAAUACGAGGGAUUCUUUGGGAGUUUUAUUGCCUCGGUUUAAUAAUAAUUUAACAAAAUUCAUGCUGCGGAGGUAUAGUGUUUGUGGCAGCCUGUCAAAUGUGAUUGUUGGAGACUUGUAUCACAGCACUUUAGAAUGUAUGAAUAACUUGUGUUUUUUGUGCAUCAACACUGUACUGUCUUAAUUGUGACUCUCGCGGCGCUUUGUUAUCUUAAACCAGUGUUAAUCGAGAUUUUUGAUAUCGUCACGGCAUCGCAUUCCACUGUGUACUGUAAAACAUUCAUUUAAAAUAACGUGGAGGUCAUAAAGAACAACCACCAAG